AUGGGUUCCAUCACACCCGAACAAAAAUCCGGGGAAUACCCUCGAUUAAAAGAAAACACCAUCAGAGUAUACAAAAAAAGAGCAUAUUAUGAUUACCGCACGGUUCAUUCAAUUCUCUCUCAAACAUUCGUCUCUACCAUUUCAUUCAUAGUACCAGAUGAAGAUGGUGAGCCCUCACCAUUCUCCUUACCAAUGACCGCUGUGGCUGGAAACUAUGAUCCCCACAAACCCAUCUCUGAAGAUGACGGAAGCGAGGAGCAGUAUGUAAAAGAACAGGAGAGUUUCGGCGACGGACCAUUCGAUGUCUAUCUCCACGGAAAUUCCGCCAUGAUGUUAAACCGGAUGACGAAACAGGGAGGGAAUAUGAAAGUUGUAAUCAGUAGCACCAAGGUCGACGGUCUGAUUCUCCACUUCACCCCCAAUGGCCAUUCCCUCAACUACCGCUCCUGCAUCAUCCACGGCACCGCCGAACCUGUGACUUCCGCUGCUGAAAAACACUACGCCAUGCACCUCCUCACAAACCACAUGAUUCGUCGUCGCUGGUCACAGACGAAUCCCGUGGCGCCCGAAGCCAUGAAAUCGGUGCAGGUAAUUAAAGUCGUUGUGCGCAGUGCGUCGGCGAAGAUCCGGACGGGGAAUGUAGAGAGUUUGGAGCGGGGAGGAUUGGGGGAGCGGGAUGAUGUAUGGACGGGAGCGUUGCCGUUGUAUGAAGUGCUGGGGGAACCAGUACAGAGUGCGUAUUGUGACGAUAGGAAGGUGCAGGAGGGAGUGGUGGAUUGGAUGGAGAGGAGGAAUAGCGAGGAGAGGUGUUAUGCGGAGGAAAAGGCGAUACCGUUGACGUUGGGUGGUUGCAGUAAGUGA